CUUCAGUUUUCCUAAAAUUCUUGUUUAUAACUCAAUGCUUUUUAGUUUUUUACCUUGCUCAAGGUUACGAUUUCUUCUACUUCGUUCAACAGGUACUAUACGUCUACCUAAGUACCUGACCACUACUUGGUUUAAAUUUAGGCGAUACCGUAUUAAUAUUCAAUUGUUAUCUACAUCUUCAUUAACAAUCUACUAUGUUAAAUAAUUAUGGUUUUGUUAUAACUUUUGUGUUUGUUUAUAUAUGCAGUGGCCAGGAUCAUAUUGUGACACUAAGGAUAGCAGCUGUUGCUAUCCUACUACAGGGAAGCCAGCCUCAGAUUUUGGCAUCCAUGGAUUAUGGCCUAACAACAAUGAUGGCACUUAUCCAUCAAACUGUGAUCCCAGCAACCCCUAUGAUGAAUCCAAGAUUUCAGACUUGAUAAGCAGAAUGCAACAAGAUUGGCCGACCCUGGCUUGUCCAAGUAACAACGGGUCGUCUUUCUGGUCGCAUGAAUGGGAAAAACAUGGGACAUGUUCGGAGUCUGAACUCGACCAACACACUUAUUUUGAGACCACUUUAAACCUCAAGAAUCAAAUUCUUCUGCUCCAGAUUCUCGAGAGUGCAGGAAUCCAGGCGGAUGGGAAUUCUUACAACUUGAGCAGCAUACAAACCGCAAUCGAAAACGCUGUAGGAUAUGCUCCUGGGAUAGAAUGCAACAGUGAUGCAGGUGGCAACAGCCAGCUGUACCAGGUUUACUUCUGUGUCGGACCUUCAGGUUCUAACUUGAUCAAAUGCCCUGUUUUCCCUACAGCAAGUUGUGCUUCCACUAUUAAGUUCCCAUCUUUCUAGUAUUCUGGGAAUUGAAACUCCUUUCAUUUGUAUUUCUUUUUUCUACUACUAUUAAACACUGCAACCCAGCAUAUAUAGCAUAUCAUGAAAACACUUCUUCUCUUACAAGGAUGUAUGUUUUUAUCACAGGGAAAAAAAAAUUUGUAUUGUAAGUGAUGUUCUGAACAUUAAGAUAAAAUGUGAAUUUCUAAACA